GCUAAAACUCGAGGGAAAAGUGUAUUAGGUUUUUGUUUUUGUCUUCGUUCGUCGUCAAUAUUGACAAUCUUUCUCUAUUCUUAUUCAUGGGAAUGAUAACAAAAUGAGGAAUAUAAUUUUGUUUAUGUGAAGUACUAAGAGUCCAUGUUUUAAUUUUUGUGCGGAAUAUGAUAAUUGUUCAACUUCAAUUAGUAUGUCAAAUAAAGACUAGAGAUUUGUUGACAAAUUGAUGAUAUACUCAUCAGCUGGUUUGUUGCUUCCUAAACACUUUAAGCAUCAAUUUGGUUUUAUUAAUUCGCUUUUUAUACACCUUGCUGUUAUUCCUUAUUAUUGUUGAUUGCUCAGGUUUUUAUCCUCGAAAUAAUCAUCAUCAUAACUCAUUAAUCAAUAAUAGCGUGCUGAAGAUUUCUUUUUAUUGAAGCUUGGAAUAUCAGACAAUUUUGAUCAAAAUGAGGCGUAAAUAUGGAUUAGGAGCGAUUCAAAAACAACAAAACACUGAGGCGAAAUUCAAGGAAAAGAGUGAAGCCAUUACAAAGGAGCAAAUUGAUAAAUUAACUGAUCAAAUGAAUGCUUUCAAAUCUCACUUGGAAAAAUUUGCAACAAAACACAAAAAAGCGAUCAAGAAGAAUCCAGAGUUCCGUAGACAAUUUCAAGUAAUGUGUGCUACUGUUGGCGUGGACCCAUUGCAAUCUAGUAACAAUUUUUGGACAAGACUGUUAGGUGUUGGUGACUUCUAUUAUGAACUGGCUGUACAAGUAAUCGAAGUAUGCAUGGCUACAAGUUAUCAGAAUGGUGGAUUAAUUGCAAUUGAGGAUCUGUUAAGAAGAGUGAAACUAUCUCGUUGCACUGCAAGGAAAAAAGAUGAAGAUAUAACCACCGAUGAUAUUCUUAGAUCAAUCAAUAAGCUGAACGUCCUGGGAAACGGAUUAAAAGUUCUUAAAUCAAACAAAAGUUAUAUUAUUCAGUCAGUACCCAAAGAAUUGAGCAUGGACCACACAGAUGUAUUGAGAUUGGCCUCAUCAAAUAGAGGAUUUACUAAUAAGAGUAUUAUUCGAUCAGAGCUUGGUUGGGAAGAGAAUAGGAUUGUUAAAGUUAUCUAUGAUAUGAUUAUGGAAGGAUUGAUUUGGGUUGAUAAUCAAGCAGAAUCCAAUGCGCCUCAUUAUUGGUUUCCUGGACUUUUCAGUACAUCAAAUUAGACAAUUUGAUAUUUGAUAUACAUACCCCAUAAAAUAAGAAAUGCACUUAUAAAUGAAUUUUUAGCAUGCAAAUACCGGCAAAGUGCUAAGACCUUUGGUCCCUGUUUUUUUUCUAAAGAUUAAAGAUUAUUUAUUUAACAGUUGUUCAAAA